AUGGACGUGGUCGUGGACGUGGACGUGGACCUGGACGUGGACGUGGACUUGGACGUGGACGUGGACGUGGUCGUGGACGUGGUCGAGGACGUGGACGUGGACGUGGACGUGGACGUGAACGUGGACGUGGUCGUGGACGUGGACGUGGUCGUGGACGUGGACGUGGACGUGGACGUGGACCUGGACGUGGACGUGGACGUGGUCGUGGACGUGGUCGUGGACGUGGACGUGGACGUGGACGUGGUCGUGGUCAUGGACGUGGUCGUGGACGUGGUCGUGGACGAAGACGUGGACGUGGAGGUGGUCGUGGAUCUGGACGUGGACGUGGUCGUGGACGUGGACGUGGUCGUGGACGUGGUCGUGGACGUGGACGUGGUCGUGGACGUGGACGUGGACGUGGACUUGGACUUGGACGUGGUCGUGGUUGUGGACGUGGACGUGGACGUGGACUUGGACGUGGACGUGGACGUGGACGUGGACGUGGACCUGGACGUGGACGUGGACGUGGACGUGGACUUGGACGUGGACGUGGACUUGGACGUGGUCGUGGACGUGGACGUGGACUUGGACGUGGACGUGGACGUGGACGUGGACGUGGACGUGGUCGUGGACGUGGACGUGGAUGUGGACGUAGACGUGGACCUGGACGUGGUCGUGGACGUGGACGUGGACGUGGACUUGGACGAGGACGUGGACUUGGACGUGGACGUGGACGUGGACGUGGCCGUGGACCUGGACGUGGACGUGGACCUGGACGUGGACGUGGACGUGGACGUGGACUUGGACGUGGUCGUGAACGUGGUCGUGGACGAGGACGUGGACGUGGACGUGGUCGUGGACCUGGACGUGGACGUGGUCGUGGACGUGGACCUGGUCGUGGAUGUGGUCGUGGACGUGGACGUGGACGUGGUCGUGGACGUGGACGUGUACGUGGACUUGGACUUGUACGUGGUCGUGGACGUGGACGUGGACGUGGACGUGGACGUGGACGUGGACUUGGACGUGGACGUGGACGUGGAUGUGGACUUGGACGUGGACGUGGACGUGGUCGUGGACUUGGACGUGGACGUGGACUUGGACGUGGACGUGGACGUGGACAUGGACGAGGUCGUGGACGAGGACGUGGACGUGGUCGUGGACGUGGACGUGGACGUGGACGUGGACCUAGACGUGGACCUGGACGUGGACCUGGACGUGAACGUGGACGUGGACUUGGACGUGGACAUGGUCGUGGACGUGGACGUGGACGUGGACUUGGACGUGGUCGUGGACGUGGACGUGGUCGUGGACAUGGACGUGGUCAUGGACGUGGUCGUGGACGAGGACGUGGACGUGGUCGUGGACGUGGACGUGAUCGUGGACGUGGAUGUGGUCGUGGACGUGGACGUGGACGUGGACAUGGGCUUGGACGUGGACGUGGACGUGGUCGUGGACUUGGACGUGGACGUGGACUUGGACGUGGACGUGGACGUGGACGUGGUCGUGGACGUGGACGUGGACGUGGACGUGGACUUGGACGUGGACGUGGACUUGGACGUGGUCGUGGACGUGGACGUGGACGUAGACGUGGACCUGGACGUGGACGUGGACCUGGACGUGGACGUGGACCUGGACGUGGACGUGGACGUGGACGUGGUCGUGGACUUGGACGUUGUCGUGGACGUGGACGUGGACGUGGACGUGGACCUGGACGUGGACUUGGACGUGGACAUGGACGUGGACGUGGACUUGGACGUGGACGUGAACUUGGGCGUGGUUGUGGACGUGGACGUGGUCGUGGACGUGGACAUGGUCGUGGACAUGGACGUGGUCGUGGACUUGGACGUGGACGUGGACUUGGACGUGGACGUGGAGGACUUGGACGUGGUCGUGGACGUGGUCGUGGACAUGGACAUGGACGUGGUCGUGGACGUGGACGUGGACGUGGACGUGGACUUGGACUUGGACGUGGACAUGGACGUGAACGUGGACGUGGACGUGGACGACGUGGACUUGGACGUGGACGUGGACGUGGACGUGGACGUGGACUUGGACAUGGACGUGGACGUGGACCUGGACGUGGACGUGGACGUGGACUUGGACGUGAACGUGGACGUGGUCGUGGACGUGGACGUGGACGUGGUCGUGGACGUGGACGUGGACCUGGACGUGGACGUGGACGUGGUCGUGGACGUGGUCGUGGUCGUGGACGUGGACGUGGACGUGGACCUGGACGUGGUCGUGGACGUGGUCGUGGACGUGGUCGUGGACGUGGACGUGGUCGUGGUCAUGGACGUGGUCGUGGACGUGGUCGUGGUCGUGGUCGUGGACGUGGUCGUGGACGUGGACGUGGUCAUGGACGUGGUCGUGGACGUGGUCGUGGACGAGGACGUGGACGUGGACGUGGUCGUGGACCUGGACGUGGACGUGGUCGUAGACGUGGACGUGAACGUGGUCGUGAACGUGGACGUGGAUGUGGACUUGGACUUGGACGUGGUCGUGGUCGUGGACGUGGACGUGGACGUGGACGUGGACUUGGACGUGGACGUGGACGUGGACGUGGACGUGGUCGUGGACGUGGACAUGGACGUGGACGUGGACGUGGACGUGGACGUGGACGUGGACGUGGACUUGGACGACGUGGACUUGGACGUGGACGUGAACGUGGACGUGGACCUGGACGUGGACGUCGACGUGGACCUGGACGUGGACGUGGACGUGGACUUGGACGUGGUCGUGAACGUGGUCGUGGACGUGGACGUGGUCGUGAACGUGGUCGUGAACGUGGACGUGGACGUGGUCGUGGACCUGGACGUUGACGUGGUCGUGGACGUGGACCUGGUCGUGGACGUGGUCAUGGACGUGGACGUGGACGUGGUCGUGGACGUGGACGUGGACGUGGACGUGGUCGUGGACCUGGACGUUGACGUGGUCGUGGACGUGGACCUGGUCGUGGACGUGGUCAUGGACGUGGACGUGGACGUGGACGUGGUCGUGGACGAGGACUUGGAUGUGGACGUGGUCGUGGACCUGGACGUUGACGUGGUCGUGGACGUGGACCUGGUCGUGGACGUGGUCAUGGACGUGGACGUGGACGUGGACGUGGUCGUGGACGUGGACGUGUACGUGGACUUGGACUUGGACGUGGUCGUGGACGUGGACGUGGACGUGGACGUGGACAUGGACGUGGACUUGGACGUGGACGUGGACGUAGACUUGGACGUGGACGUGGACGUGGUCGUGGACUUGGACGUGGACGUGGACUUGGACGUGGACGUGGACGUGGACAUGGACGUGGUCGUGGACGUGGACGUGGACGUGGUCGUGGACGUGGACGUGGACCUGGACGUGGACCUGGACGUGGACCUGGACGUGGACGUGGACGUGGACAUGGACUUGGACGUGGACGUGGUCGUGGACGUGGACGUGGACUUGGACGUGGUCGUGGACGUGGACGUGGUCGUGGACGUGGACGUGGUCAUGGACGUGGUCGUGGACGAGGACGUGGACGUGGUCGUGGACGUGGACGUGAUCGUGGACGUGGACGUGGUCGUGGACGUGGACAUGGGCUUGGACGUGGACGUGGACGUGGUCGUGGACUUGGACGUGGACGUGGACUUGGACGUGGACGUGGACGUGGUCGUGUACGUGGACGUGGACGUGGACGUGGACUUGGACGUGGACGUGGACUUGGACGUGGUCGUGGACGUGGACGAAGACGUAGACGUGGACGUGGACGUGGAUGUGGACGUGGACCUGGACGUGGAUGUGGACGUGGACGUGGACUUGGACGUGGACGUGGACGUGGACGUGGUCGUGGACUUGGACGUGGAUGUGGACUUGGACGUGGACGUGGACGUGGACGUGGACGUGGUCGUGGACGUGGACGUUGUCGUGGACGUGGACGUGGACGUGGACGUGGACCUGGACGUGGACCUGGACGUGGACGUGGACAUGGAGGACUUGGACGUGGUCGUGGACGUGGUCGUGGACAUGGACGUGGACGUGGACGUGGACGUGGACGUGGACGUGGUCGUCGACGUGGACGUGGACGUGGACGUGGACGUGGUCGUGGACGGGGACUUGGACGUGGACUUGGACGUGGACGAGGACGUGGACCUGGACGUGGACGUGGACGUGGACGUGGACGUGGUCGUGGACGUGGACAUGGACCUGGACGUGGACGUGGACGUGGACGUGGACUUGGACGUGGACGUGGACGUGGACUUGGACGUGGACGUGGACGUGGACGUGGUCGUGGACGUGGACGUGGACCUGGACGUGGACGUGGACGUGGACGUGGACUUGGACGUGGUCGUGGACGUGGACGUGGACGUGGACGUGGACGUGGACGUGGACGUGGACGUGGUCGUGGACGUGGUCGUGGACGUGGACGUGGACCUGGACGUGGUCGUGGACGUGGACGUGGACGUGGACUUGGACGUGGUCGUGGACGUGGACGUAGACGUGGACGUGGACGUGGACUUGGACGUGGACGUGGACGUGGUCGUGGACUUGGACGUGGACGUGGACCUAGACGUGGACGUGGAGGUGGACCUGGACGUGGAGGUGGACGUGGACGUGGACGUUGACUUGGACGUGGACGUGGACUUGGACGUGGACGUGUACGUGGACUUGGACUUGGACGUGGACGUGGACGUGGACUUGGACGUGGACGUGGACGUGGACGUGGACGUGGUCGUGGACGUGGACGUGGACCUGGACGUGGACGUGGACGUGGACUUGGACAUGGUCGUGGACGUGGACGUGGACGUGGACGUGGACGUAGACGUGGUCGUGGACGUGGUCGUGGACGUGGACGUGGACCUGGACGUGGUCGUGGACGUGGACGUGGACGUGGACUUGGACGUGGUCGUGGACGUGGACGUGGACGUGGACGUGGACGUGGACUUGGACGUGGACGUGGACGUGGUCGUGGACUUGGACGUGGACGUGGACCUAGACGUGGACGUGGAGGUGGACCUGGACGUGGAGGUGGACGUGGACGUGGACGUGGACUUGGACGUGGACGUGGACUUGGACGUGGUCGUGGACGUAGACGUGGACGUGGACGUGGUCGUGGACGUGGACGAGGACGUGGACGUGGUCGUGGACGUGGUCGUGGACGUGGACGUGGACUUGGACGUGGACUUGGACGUGGACUUGGACGUGGACGUGGACUUGGAUGUGGACGUGGACGUGGACCUGGACGUGGACGUGGAACUGGACGUGGACGUGGACCUGGACGUGGACGUGGACGUGGACGUGGACUUGGACGUGGACGUGGACUUGGACGUGGACGUGGUCGUGGACGUGGACGUGGACCUGGACGUGGACGUGGUCGAGGACGUGGAUGUGGACGUGGACGUGGACGUGGACGUGGACUUGGACUUGGACGUGGACGUGGUCGUGGUCGUGGACGUGGACGUGGUCGUGGUCGUGGACGUGGACGUGGUCGUGGACGUGGACGUGGUCGUGGACGUGGACGUGGACUUGGACGUGGACGUGGACUUGGAUGUGGACGUGGUCGUGGACGUGGACUUGGACGUGGAUGUGGACGUGGACUUGGAUGUGGAUGUGGACGUGGACGUGGACUUGGACGUGGACGUGGACGUGGUCGGGGACAUGGACUUGGACGUGGACGUGGUCGUGGACGUGGACGUUGACGUGGACGUGGUCGUGGACGUGGACUUGGACGUGGACUUGGACAAGGACGUGGACGUGGUCGUGGACUUGGACGUGGACGUGGACCUAGACGUGGACGUGGACCUGGACGUGGAGGUGGAGGUGGACGAAGACGUGGACUUGGACGUUGACGUGGACUUGGACGUUGUCGUGGACGUGGACGUGGACGUGGACGUGGUCGUGGACGUGGACGUGGACGUGGGCUUGGACGUGGACGUGGUCGUGGACGUGGACGUGGAGGUGGAUGUGGACGUGGACGUGGUCAUGGACGUGGUCGUGGACGUGGACUUGGACGUGGACGUGGACUUGGACGUGGACGUAGACUUGGACGUGGACGUGGUCGUGGACGUGGACGUGGACGUGGUCGUGGACGUGGACGUGGUCGUGGACGUGGUCGUGGACCUGGACGUGGACGUGGACGUGGUCGUGGUCGUGGACGUGGACGUGGACGUGGUCGUGGACGUGGACGUGGACUUGGACGUGGACGUGGACGUGGACGUGGUCGUGGACGUGGACGUGGAUUUGGUCGUGGUCGUGGACGUGGACGUGGUCGUGGACGUGGUCGUGGACGUGGACGUGGACUUGGACGUGGACUUGGAUGUGGACGUGGUCGUGGUCGUGGACGUGGACGUGGACGUGGACUUGGACGUGGACGUGGACGUGGUCGGGGACAUGGACUUGGACGUGGACGUGGUCGUGGACGUGGACGUGGACGUGGACUUGGACGUGGACGUGGACGUGGACGUGGUCGUGGACGUGGACUUGGACGUGGACGUGGACGUGGACUUGGACGUGGACGUGAACGUGGUCGUGGACGUGGACUUGGACGUGGACGUGGACGUGGACGUGGUCGUGGACUUGGACGUGGACGCGGACCUGGACCUGGAUGUGGACGUGGACGUGGACCUGGACGUGGACGUGGACGUGGACGUGGACUUGGACGUGGACGUGGACUUGGACGUGGUCGUGGACGUGGACGUGGACGUGGUCGUGGACGUGGACGUGGACGUGGACGUGGACUUGGACGUGGACGUGGUCGUGGACGUGGGCGUGGACGUGGACGUGGACGUGGACGUGGACUUGGACGUGGACGUGGUCUUGGACGUGGUCGUGGACGUGGACGUGGAUGUGGACGUGGACGUGGACAUGGACAUAGAUGUGGACGUGGACGUGGACGUGGUCGUGGACGUGGACAUGGACGUGGACAUGGACGUGGACGAGGACAUGGACGUGGACGUGGACGUGGACGUGGACAUGGACGUGGACAUGGACGUGGACGAGGACAUGGACGUGGACGUGGACGUGGACGUGGACGUGGACGUGGACGUGGACGUAGACGUGGACGUGGUCGUGGACGAGGACGUGGACGUGGACGUGGACGUGGACGUGGACGUGGACGUGGACGUAGACGUGGACGUGGUCGUGGACGAGGACGUGGACGUGGACUUGGACGUGGUCGUGGACGUGGACGUGGACGUGGACUUGGACGUGGACGUCGACUUGGACGUGGUCGUGGACGUGGUCGUGGAUGUGGACGUGGACUUGGACGUGGACGUGGACGUGGAUGUGGACGUGGUCGUGGUCGUGGACGUGGACGUGGACGUGGUCGUGGACCUGGACGUGGACGUGGACGUGGACGUGGACGUGGACGUGGACGUGGUCGUGGUCGUGGACGUGGACGUGGACGUGGUCGUGGACGUGGACGUGGACUUGGACGUGGACGUGGACGUGGACGUGGUCGUGGACGUGGACGUGGACGUGGACUUGGACGUGGACGUGGACGUGGUCGUGGACGUGGACUUGGACGUGGACGUGGACGUGGACUUGGACGUGGACGUGAACGUGGACGUGGUCGUGGACGUGGACUUGGACGUGGACGUGGACGUGGACGUGGUCGUGGACUUGGACGUGGACGCGGACCUGGACCUGGAUGUGGACGUGGACGUGGACCUGGACGUGGACGUGGACGUGGACUUGGACGUGGACGUGGACUUGGACGUGGUCGUGGACGUGGACGUGGACGUGGUCGUAGACGUGGACGUGGACGUGGACGUGGACUUGGACGUGGACGUGGUCGUGGACGUGGGCGUGGACGUGGACGUGGACGAGGUCGUGGACGUGGUCGUGGACGUGGACGUGGACUUGGAAGUGGUAGUGGUAGUGGACGUGGACGUGGACUUGGACGCGGACGUGGACGUGGACCUAGACGUGGACGUGGACGUGGACGUGGACCUGGACGUGGACGUGGACGUGGACAUAGACGUGGACGUGGACGUGGAGGACUUGGACGUGGACGUGGACUUGGUCGUAGACGUGGACGUGGACGUGGACGUGGACGUGGUCGUGGUCGUGGACGUGGACGUGGACGUGGUCGUGGACGUGGACGUGGACCUGGACCUGGACGUGGUCGUGGACAUUGACGUGGUCGUGGACGUGGUCGUGGACGAGGACGUGGACGUGGUCAUGGUCGUGGACCUGGACGAGGACGUGGUCGUGGACGUGGUCGUGGACCUGGACGUGGACGUGGUCGUGGACCUGGACGUGGUCUUGGACGUGGACGUGGAGGACUUGGACAUGGUCGUGGACGUGGACGUGGACGUGGUCGUGGACAUGGACGUGGACUUGGACGUGGACGUGGACUUGAACGUGGACGUGGACGUGGUCGUGGACGUGGUCGUGGACGUGGACGUGGACGUGGACGUGGUCGUGGCAUGGACGUGGACACGUGGACGUGGACGUGGACGUGGAGACUUGGACGUGGACGUGGUCGUGGACGUGGACGUGGACGUGGUCGUGGAUGUGGACGUGGUCGUGGACGUGGACGUGGUCGUGGACCUGGACGUGGACGUGGACGUGGUCGUGGUCGUGGACGUGGACGUGGACGUGGUCGUGGACGUGGACGUGGACUUGGACGUGGACGUGGACGUGGACGUGGUCGUGGACGUGGACGUGGACGUGGUCGUGGUCGUGGACGUGGACGUGGUCGUGGACGUGGACGUGGACGUGGACUUGGACGUGGACGUGGACUUGGAUGUGGACGUGGUCGUGGACGUGGACGUGGACGUGGACUUGGACGCGGACGUGGACGUGGUCGGGGACAUGGACUUGGACGUGGACGUGGUCGUGGACGUGGACGUGGACGUGGUCGUGGACGAGGACUUGGACGUGGACUUGGACGUAGACGUGGACGUGGUCGUGGACUUGGACGUGGACGUGGACCUAGACGUGGACGUGGACCUGGACGUGGAGGUGGAGGUGGACGUGGACGUGGACUUGGACGUGGACGUGGACUUGGACGUUGUCGUAGACGUGGACGUGGACGUGGUCGUGGACGUGGACGUGGACGUGGACUUGGACGUGGACGUGGACGUGGACGUGGACGUGGACGUCGACCUGGUCGUGGACGUAGACUUGGACGUGGACGUGGACUUGGACGUGGACGUGGACGUGGUCGUGGACGUGGACGUGGACAUGGACGUGGACGUGGACGUGGAUGUGGACUUGGACGUGGACGUGGACGUGGACUUGGACGUGGACGUGGUCUUGGACGUGGUCGUGGACGUGGACGUGGAUGUGGACCUGGACGUGGACAUGGACAUGGACGUGGACGUGGACGUGGACGUGGUCGUGGACGUGGACGUGGUCGUGGACGAGGACGUGGACGUGGACUUGGACGUGGUCGUGGACGUGGACGUGGACGUGGACUUGGGCGUGGACGUCGACUUGGACGUGGUCGUGGACGUGGACGUGGAUGUGGACGUGGACUUGGACGUGGACGUGGACGUGGACGUGGUCGUGGACGUGGACGUGGACGUGGUCGUGGACCUGGACGUGGACGUGGACGUGGACGUGGACGUGGACGUGGUCGUGGUCGUGGACGUGGACGUGGUCGUGGACGUGGACGUGGACUUGGACGUGGACGUGGACGUGGACGUGGUCGUGGACGUGGACGUGGACGUGGACUUGGACGUGGACGUGGACGUGGACGUGGUCGUGGACGUGGACUUGGACGUGGACGUGGACGUGGACUUGGACGUGGACGUGAACGUGGACGUGGUCGUGGAGGUGGACUUGGACGUGGACGCAGACGUGGACGUGGUCGUGGACUUGGACGUGGACGCGGACCUGGACCUGGAUGUGGACGUGGACGUGGACCUGGACGUGGACGUGGACGUGGACGUGGACGUGGACUUGGACGUGGACGUGGACUUGGAUGUGGUCGUGGACGUGGACGUGGACGUGGUCGUGGACGUGGACGUGGACGUGGACGUGGACUUGGACGUGGACGUGGUCGUGGACGUGGGCGUGGACGUGGACGUGGACGUGGUCGUGGACGUGGUCGUGGACGUGGACGUGGACUUGGACGUGGUAGUGGUAGUGGACGUGGACGUGGACUUGGACGUGGACGUGGACGUGGACCUGGACGUGGACGUGGACGUCGACGUGGACGUGGACCUGGACGUGGACGUGGACGUGGACAUGGACGUGGACGUGGACGUGGAGGACUUGGACGUGGACGUGGACUUGGUCGUAGACGUGGACGUGGACGUGGACGUGGUCGUGGACGUGGACGUGGACGUGGUCGUGGACGUGGACGUGGACCUGGACCUGGACGUGGUCGUGGACGUUGACGUGGUCGUGGACGUGGUCGUGGACAAGGACGUGGACGUGGUCAUGGUCGUGGACCUGGACGAGGACGUGGUCGUGGACGUGGUCGUGGACCUGGACGUGGACGUGGUCGUGGACCUGGACGUGGUCUUGGACGUGGACGUAAACGUGGACGUGGAGGACUUGGACAUGGUCGUGGACGUGGACGUGGACAUGGUCGUGGACAUGGACGUGGACUUGGACGUGGACGUGGACUUGAACGUGGACGUGGACGUGGUCGUGGACGUGGUCGUGGACGUGGACGUGGACGUGGAUGUGGACGUGGACGUGGUCGUGGACGUGGACGUGGACGUGGACGUGGUCGUGGACGUGGACGUGGACGUGGUCGUCGACGUGGUCGUGGACGUGGUCGUGGACGUGGUCGUGGACGUGGACGUGGACGAGGACGUGGACGUGGUCGUGGACGUGGACGUGGACGUGGUCGUGGACGUGGACGUGGUCGUGGACGUGGACGUGGACGUGGACAUGGACAUGGACGUGGACGUGGACAUGGACGUGGACGUGGAGGACUUGGACGUGGACGUGGACGUGGACAUGGACGUGGACGUGGACCUGGACCUGGACCUGGACGUGGACGUAGACAUGGACGUGGACGUAGAUUUGGACGUGGCCGUGGACGUGGACGUGGACGUGGACCUGGACGUGGACGUGGACCUGGACGUGGACGUGGACGUGGACGUGGUCGUGGACGUGGACGUGGACGUGGUCGUGGACGUGGACCUGGACGUGGACGUGGUCAUAGACGUGGACGUGGACGUGGUCGUGGACGUGGACGUGGACGUGGACGUGGACUUAGACAUGGACGUGGACUUGGACGUGGACUUGGACGUUGACGUGGACGUGGAGGUGGUCGUGGACGUGGACGUGGACGUGGUCGUGGACGUGGACGUGGACUUGGACGUGGACGUGGACGUGGAUGUGGACUUGGACGUGGUCGUGGACGUGGACGUGGUCGUGGACGUGGUCGUGGACGAGGACGUGGACGUGGUCGUGGUCGUGGACCUGGACGAGGACGUGGUCGUGGAAGUGGUCGUGGACAUGGACGUGGACUUGGACUUGGACGUGGUCGUGGACGUGGACGUGGACGUGGACAUGGUCGUGGACGUGGACUUGGACGUGGACUUGGACGUGGACGUGGACUUGGACGUGGACGUGGACUUGGACGUGGACGUGGAGGACUUGGACGUGGUCGUGGACGUGGACGUGGACUUGGUCGUGGACGUGGACCUGGACGUGGACGUGGACGUGGACGUGGACUUGGACGUGGACGUGGACGUGGAGGACUUGGACGUGGACGUAGACGUGGACGUGAUCGUGGACGUGGACGUGGACGUGGUCGUGGACGUGGACGUGGACGUGGUCGUAAACGUGGUCGUGGACGUGGACUUGGACGUGGACUUGGACGUGGACGUGGACGUGGACGUGGUCUUGGACUUGGACGUGGACGUGGACUUGGACGUGGACGUGGAGGACUUGGACGUGGUCGUGGACGUGGACGUGGUCGUGGACGUGGACCUGGACGUGGACGUGGAGGACUUGGACGUGGUCGUAUACGUGGACUUGGACGUGGACGUGGACCUGGACGUGGACGUGGACGUGGACGUGGACUUGGACGUGGACGUGGACGUGGAGGACGUGGACGUGGACGUGGACGUGGACAUGGACGUGGACGUGGUCGUGGACGUGGACAUGGACGUGGACGUCGACGUGGACGUGGACUUGGACGUGGACGUGGACCUGGACGUGGUCGUGGACGUGGACGUGGACGUUGAUGUGGUCGUGGACGUGGUCCUGGACGUGGUCGUGGACGUGGACGUGGUCGUGGACGUGGACGUGGUCGUGGACGUGGUCGUGGACGUGGACCUGGACGUGGUCGUGCACGUGGACGUGGACGUGGUCGUGGACGUGGACUUGGACGUGGACGUGGUGGUGGACGUUGACGUGGACUUGGACGUGGUCGUGGACGUGGACGUGGACGUGGACGUGGUCGUGGACUUGGACUUGGACGUGGAGGACUUGGACGUGGACGUGGAGGACUUGGACGUGGACGUGGAUGUGGACGUGGACGUGGACGUGGACGUGGACGUGGUCGUGGACGUGAUCGUGGACGUGGACCUGGACGUGGACGUGGACGUGGACGUGGACUUGGACGUGGACGUGGAUGUGGACGUGGACCUGGACGUGGACGUGGACGUGGACGUGGACGUGGACGUGGACCUGGACGUGGACGUGGACCUGGACGUGGACGUGGACGUGGACGUGGACCUGGACGUGGACGUGGACGUGGACCUGGACGUGGACGUGGUCGUGGACGUGGACGUGGUCGUGGACGUGGUCAUGGACGAGGACGUGGACGUGGUCGUGGUCGUGGAACUGGACGAGGACGUGGUCGUGGAAGUGGUGCUGGACGUGGACGUGGACUUGGACUUGGACGUGGACGUGGUCGUGGACGUGGACGUGGACGUGGACGUGGUUGUGGACGUGGACUUGGACGAAGACUUGGACGUGGACGUGGACGUGGUCGUGGACUUGGACGUGGACGUGGAGGACUUGGACGUGGACGUGGACGUGGACGUGGACGUGGACUUGGACGUGGACGUGGAGGACUUGGACGUGGUCGUGGACGUGGACGUGGACAUGGACGUGGUCGUGGACGUGGACCUGGACGUGGACGUGGACGUGGACUUGGACUUGGACAUGGACGUGGACGUGGAGGACUUGGACGUGGACGUGGAGGACUUGGACGUGAUCGUGGACGUGGACGUGGACGUGGACGUGGUCGUGGACGUGGUCGUGGUCGUGGACGUGGACGUGGUCGUGGACGUGGUCGUGGACGUGGACUUGGACGUGGACGUGGACGUGGACGUGGUCGUGGACUUGGACGUGGACGUGGACUUGGACGUGGACGUGGAGGACGUGGACAUGGUCGUGGACGUGGACGUGGACGCGGUCGUGGACGUGGACCUGGACGUGGACGUGGACGUGGACUUGGACGUGGACGUGGACGUGGAGGACUUGGACGUGGACGUAGACGUAGACGUGAUCGUGGACGUGGACGUGGACGUGGACGUGGUCGUGGACGUGGACGUGGACGUGGACAUGGACGUGGUCGUGGUCUUGGACGUGGUCGUGGACGUGGACGUGGACGUGGUCGUGGACUUGGACGUGGACGUGGAGGACUUGGACGUGGACGUGGAGGACUUGGACGUGGACGUGGACGUGGACGUGGACGUGGACGUGGACGUGGUCGUGGACGUGAUCGUGGACGUGGACCUGGACGUGGACGUGGACGUGGACUUGGACGUGGACGUGGACUUGGACGUGGUCGUUGACGUGGACGUGGUCGUGGACGUGGUCAUGGACGAGGACAUGGACGUGGUCGUGGUCGUGGAUCUGGACGAGGACGUGGUCGUGGAAGUGGUCUUGGACGUGGACGUGGACAUGGACUUGGACGUGGACGUGGUCGUGGACGUGGACGUGGACGUGGUCGUGGACGUGGACUUGGACGUGGACUUGGACGUGGACGUGGACGUGGACGUGGUCGUGGACUUGGACGUGGACGUGGACUUGAACGUGGACGUGGAGGACUUGGACGUGGUCGUGGACGUGGACGUGGACGUGGUCGUGGACGUGGACCUGGACGUGGACGUGGACGUGGAGGACUUGGACGUGGACGUGGACGUGGACGUGAUCGUGGACGUGGACGUGGACGUAGACGUGGUCGUGGACGUGGUCGUGGUCGUGGACGUGGACGUGGUCGUGGACGUGGUCGUGGACGUGGACUUGGACGUGGACUUCGACGUGGACGUGGACGUGGACUUGGUCGUGGACUUGGACGUGGACGUGGACUUGGACGUGGACGUGGAGGACUUGGACAUGGUCGUGGACGUGGACGUGGUCGUGGACGUGGACCUGGACGUGGACGUGGACGUGGACGUGGACGUGGACGUGGAGGACUUGGACGUGGACGUGGACGUGGACGUGGUCGUGGACGUGGACGUGGACGUGGUCGUGGACGUGGUCGUGGACGUGGACGUGGACGUGGACGUGGUAGUGGACGUGGACGUGGACGUGGACCUGGACCUGGACUUGGACGUGGACGUGGACGUGGACGUUGACGUGGUCGUGGACGUGGUCGUGGACGUGGACGUGGACGUGGUCGUGGACGUGGACCUGGACGUGGACGUGGACGUGGACGUGGACGUGGAGGACUUGGACGUGGACGUGGACGUGGACGUGGUCGUGGACGUGGACGUGGACGUGGACGUGGUCGUGGACGUGGUCGUGGACGUGGACGUGGACGUGGACGUGGUAGUGGACGUGGACGUGGACGUGGACGUGGACCUGGACUUGGACGUGGACGUGGACGUGGACGUUGACGUGGUCGUGGACGUGGUCGUGGACGUCUUCAUGGACGUGGACGUGGACGUGGACGUGGUCGUGGACGUGGACCUGGACGUGGACGUGGACGUGGUCGUGGACGUGGACGUGGACCUGGACCUGGACCUGGACGUGGACUUGGACGUGGACGUGGUCGUGGACGUGGACGUGGUCGUGGACGUGGACUUGGACCUGGACGUGGACCUGGACGUGGACCUGGAGGACGUGGACGUGGAGGACGUGGACGUGGACGUGGACGUGGAAGACGUGGACGAGGAGGACGUGGACAUGGACGUGGAGGACGUGGACGUGGACGUGGACGUGGACCUGGACGUGGACGUGGACUUGGACGUGGACGUGCACCUGGACAUGGACUUGGACCUGGACGUGGACCUGGACGUGCACGUGGACUUAGACGUGGACGUGGACGUGGACGUGAACGUGGACGUGGACGUGGUCGUGGACGUCGACGUGGACGUGGACCUGGACGUGGACGUGGACUUGGACAUGGCCGUCGACGUGGACGUGGUCGUGGACGUGGACGUGGACGUGGACGUGGUCGUGGACGUGGACGUGGACGUGGAUGUGGACAUGGACAUGGACGUGGACCUAGACGUGGAUGUGGACGUGGACGUGGACCUGGACGUGGACCUGGACGUGGACGUGGAAGUGGACGUGGAUGACGUGGACGUGGACGUGGAGGACGUGGACGUGGACGUGGACGUUGACCUGGACGUGGACUGGGACGUGGACGUGGACGUGGACGUGGACGUUGAUGACGUGAAGGUGGACGUGGAGGACGUGGACGUGGACGUGGACCUGGAUGUGGACGUGGACGUGGACGUGGACGUCGUAGUGGACGUGGACGUGGACGUGGACGUGGACGUGGACGUCGUCGUGGACGUGGACGUGGACGUGGACGUGGACGUGGUCGUGGACGUGGUCGUGGACGUGGACGUGGACGUGGUCGUGGACGUGGACGUGGACGUCGUCGUGGACGUGGACGUGGACGUGGUCAUGGACGUGGACGUGGACAUGGACGUGGACCUGGACCUGGACCUGGACCUGGACGUGGACUUGGACAUGGACGUAGACGUGGACGUGGACGUGGACGUGGACGUGGACUUGGACGACGUGGACGUGGACAUGGAGGACGUGGACGUGGAAGUGGACGUGGACGUGGACCAGGACGUGGACAUGGAAGUGGACGUGGACGUGGACCUGGACGUGGACAUAGACUUGGAAGUGGACGUGGACGUGGACAUGGACGUGGACGUGGACAUGGACAUGGACGUCGACGUGGACGUGGACGUGGACGUGGACAUGGACGUGGACGUGGUCGUGGACGUGGACGUGGACGUGGACCUGGACGUGGUCGUGGACGUGGUCGUGGACGUGGAUGUGGACAUGGACAUGGACGUGGACCUAGACGUGGAUGUGGACGUGGACGUGGACCUGGACGUGGACCUGGACGUGGACGUGGAAGUGGACGUGGAUGACGUGGACGUGGACGUGGAGGACGUGGACGUGGACGUGGACGUGGACGUGGACGUUGACCUGGACGUGGACUUGGACGUGGACGUGGACGUGGACGUGGACGUUGAUGACGUGAAGGUGGACGUGGAGGACGUGGACGUGGACGUGGACCUGGAAGUGGACGUGGACGUGGACGUGGACGUCGUAGUGGACGUGGACGUGGACGUGGACGUCGUCGUGGACGUGGACGUGGACGUGGACGUUGACGUGGUCGUGGACGUGGUCGUGGACGUGGACGUGGACGUGGUCGUGGACGUGGACGUGGACGUCGUCGUGGACGUGGACGUGGACGUGGUCAUGGACGUGGACGUGGACAUGGACGUGGGACUUGGACUGGACCUGGACCUGAACCUGGACGUGGACUUGGACGUGGACGUGGACAUGGACGUGGACGUGGAGGACGUGGACGUGGACAUGGAGGACGUGGACGUGGAAGUGGACGUGGACGUGGACCUGGACGUGGACAUAGACUUGGAAGUGGACGUGGACGUGGACAUGGACGUGGACGUGGACAUGGACAUGGACGUCGACGUGGACGUGGACGUGGACGUGGACAUGGACGUGGACGUGGUCGUGGACGUGGACGUGGACGUGGACCUGGACGUGGUCGUGGACGUGGUCGUGGACGUGGACGUGGACGUGGACGUGGACGUGGACGUGGUCGUGGACGUGGACGUUGACGUGGACGUCGACGUGGACGUGGUCGUGGACGUGGACGUGGUCAUGGAUGUGGACGUGGAUGUGGACGUGGUCGUGGACGUGGAUGUAGACGCGGAUGUGGACGUGGACGCGGACAAGGACCUGGACGUGGAUGUGGACGUGGACGUGGACCUGGGCAUGGACUUGGACGUGGAUGACGUGGACGUGGACGUGGACGUUGACGUGGACGUUGACCUGGACGUGGACUUGGACGUGGACGUAGACGUGGACGUGGACGUUGAUGACGUGGACGUGGAUGUGGAGGACGUGGACGUGGACGUGGACGUGGACCUGGAUGUGGACGUGGACGUGGACGUGGACGUGGACGUGGUCUUGGACGUGGACGUGGACGUGGACCUGGACUUGGACGUGGACGUGGACGUGGACCUGGACGUGGUCGUGGACGUGGACGUUGACAUGGUCGUGGACGUGGUCGUUGACGUGGACGUGGACGUGGUCGUGGACGUGGACGUGGACGUCGUCGUGGACGAGGUCGUGGACGUGGUCGUGGACGACGUGGACGUGGACUUGGACGUUGACCUGGACGUGGACUUGGACGUGGACGUGGACGUGGACGUGGACGUUGAUGACGUGAAGGUGGACGUGGAGGACGUGGACGUGGACGUUGAUGACGUGAAGGUGGACGUGGAGGACGUGGACGUGGACGUGGACCUGGAUGUGGACGUGGACGUGGACGUGGACGUCGUCGUGGACGUGGACGUGGACGUGGACGUGGACGUGGUCGUGGACGUGGUCGUGGACGUGGACGUGGUCGUGGACGUGGACGUGGACGUCGUCGUGGACGUGGACGUGGACGUGGUCAUGGACGUGGACGUGGACAUGGACGUGGACCUGGACCUGGACCUGGACCUGGACGUGGACUUGGACGUGGACGUAGACGUGGACGUGGACGUGGACGUGGACGUGGACUUGGACGACGUGGACGUGGACAUGGAGGACGUGGACGUGGAAGUGGACGUGGACGUGGACCAGGACGUGGACGUGGAAGUGGACGUGGACGUGGACCUGGACGUGGACAUAGACUUGGAAGUGGACGUGGACGUGGACAUGGACGUGGACGUGGACAUGGACAUGGACGUCGACGUGGACGUGGACGUGGACGUGGACGUGGACAUGGACGUGGACGUGGUCGUGGACGUGGACGUGGACGUGGACCUGGACGUGGUCGUGGACGUGGAGGACGUGGACGUGGACGUGGACCUGGAUGUGGACGUGGACGUGGACGUGGACGUCGUAGUGGACGUGGACGUGGACGUGGACGUGGACGUGGACGUCGUCGUGGACGUGGACGUGGACGUGGACGUUGACGUGGUCGUGGACGUGGUCGUGGACGUGGACGUGGACGUGGUCGUGGACGUGGACGUGGACGUCGUCGUGGACGUGGACGUGGACGUGGUCAUGGACGUGGACGUGGACAUGGACGUGGACGUGGACCUGGACCUGGACCUGGACGUGGACUUGGACGUGGACGUAGACGUGGACGUGGACGUGGACGUGGACUUGGACGUGGACGUGUUGUGGACGUGUGGACUGGUCGUGGACGUGGACGUGGACGUGGUUGUGGACGUGGACGUGGACGUGGUCGUGGACGCGGACGUGGAGGUGGACGUGGACGUGGACGUGGACGUGGACGUGGACGUGGUCGUGGACGUGGACGUUGACGUGGACGUCGACGUGGACGUGGUCGUGGACGUGGACGUGGUCGUGGACGUGGACGUGGAUGUGGACGUGGUCGUGGACGUGGAUGUAGACGCGGAUGUGGACGUGGACGCGGACAAGGACCUGGACGUGGAUGUGGACGUGGACGUGGACCUGGGCGUGGACUUGGACGUGGAUGACGUGGACGUGGACGUGGACGUUGACGUGGACGUUGACCUGGACGUGGACUUGGACGUGGACGUGGACGUGGACGUUGAUGACGUGGACGUGGAUGUGGAGGAUGUGGACGUGGACGUGGACCUGGAUGUGGACGUGGACGUGGACGUGGACGUGGACGUGGUCUUGGACGUGGACGUGGACGUGGACCUGGACUUGGACGUGGACGUGGACGUGGACCUGGACGUGGUCGUGGACGUGGACGUUGACAUGGUCGUGGACGUGGUCGUUGACGUGGACGUGGACGUGGUCGUGGACGUGGACGUGGACGUCGUCGUGGACGUGGUCGUGGACGUGGUCGUGGACGACGUGGACGUGGUCGUGGACGUGGACUUGGACCUGGACGUGGACCUGGACGUGGACGUGGAGGACGUGGACGUGGAGGACAUGGACGUGGACGUGGACGUGGAGGACGUGGACGUGGAGGACGUGGAGGACGUGGACGUGGAGGACGUGGACGUGGACGUGGACGUGGACCUGGACGUGGACGUGGACUUGGACGUGGACGUGGACCUGGACGUGGACGUGGACUUGGACGUGGACGUGGACGUGGAUGUGGACGUGGACGUGGUCGUGGACGUGGACGUGGACGUGGACGUGGACGUGGACCUCGACGUGGACGUGGACUUGGACAUGGACGACGUGGACGUGGACGUGGUCGUGGUCGUGGACGUGGACGUGGACGUGGACGUGGACGUGGACGUGGUCGUGGACGUGGACGUGGUCGUAGACGUGGACGUGGACGUGGUCGUGGACGUGGUGCAUCGGCCAGUGUGGCCGGCAUUUCGCACUUAUAGUGCAAGUGGGGCCAGGGAGAACGGAAACACUCAUUUCUCAAAAAGUAAAGGGAAUCUAGCGCACUCACUCGAUCAGAAGGUGGGAAAUAAAUAA